AUGUUGGCUGCCGUGGAACAUGGUCCCAUCCUCUGCAGCGACUCCAACAUCCUCUGCCUCUCGUGGAAAGGCCGGGUCCCCAAGAGCGAGAAGGACAAGCCGGUGUGUCGGAGACGGUACUAUGAGGAGGGCUGGCUCGCCACGGGGAACGGGAGAGGAGUUGUCGGGGUGACGUUUACAUCGAGUCACUGCAGGAGGGACAGAAGUACACCUCAGAGAAUCAAUUUUAACCUGCGAGGACACAACAGCGAGGUUGUCUUGGUGCGCUGGAAUGAACCCUUUCAGAAGCUGGCCACUUGUGACAUGGAAGGAGGUAUUUUUGUGUGGAUCCAGUAUGAAGGAAGAUGGUCUGUGGAGUUAGUGAAUGACAGAGGAGCCCAGGUGAGUGACUUCACUUGGUCACAUGAUGGCACUCAAGCCCUCAUUGCCUACCGGGAUGGCUUCGUGUUAGUUGGCUCAGUUAGCGGACAGAGACACUGGUCCUCGGAGAUUAACCUGGAGAGCCAAAUCACCUGUGGCAUCUGGACACCUGAUGAUCAGCAGGUCUUGUUUGGCACAGCAGAUGGUCAGGUGAUAGUGAUGGACUGUCACGGAAGGAUGCUUGCCCAUGUUCUGUUACACGAGUCUGAUGGGAUUGUGAGCAUGUCCUGGAACUGCCCCAAUUUCCUGGUCGAGGACAGUACAGAGAGCGACACAGACUCCGACGACAGUAUUCUGCCUUUAGGUACAAACGCAUUCCCCCUCUGCUCACAUGACAGCUUGCUGCCCAUGCGGAGAGUUAAGCCUUUGUUGACAGUCACCUUCUUAUCAGGAGAUAUCAGUUUAAUGAACAACUAUGAUGACCUCUCUCCCGCCAUAAUUCGCUCGGGGCUGAAAGAUGUUGAAGCCCAGUGGUGCUCCCAGGGAGAUCUGCUGGCUGUGGCCGGCAUGGAGAGACACGGGCUUCCCCCCGACUCUGCAUGUGCGUCCAUCAUGCGGAACGCCCUUGUUAAGUUCUACAACGUCCAAGGAGAACACAUCUACACUUUGGAAACACCUGCACAGAGGCCCAUCACCACCAUCUGUUGGGGUCAUAGAGACUCUCGUCUGUUCCUUGCAUGUGGACCAGCGCUGUAUGUGGUGCGUGUGGAGCACAGGGUGGCCAGUCUCCAACUCUUGUGCCAGCAAGGCAUCGCCAGCGCCCUGCGAGAGGAGAAAGAUGUGGGAAAACUUAACAUGCCCUCGCUGCUCUGCUCCUAUGUCACCACUGCUUUCAUACCCACCAUCAAGCCCCCAAUCCCUGACCCCAACAACAUCCGUGACUUUGUCAGUUAUCCCACAGCUGGGAAUGAGCGGCUCCACUGCACCAUGAAGCGAGCAGAGGACAGUCCUGAGACAGGCGGACCCUGCUACACUCUUUACCUUGAAUAUUUAGGAGGGCUGGUGCCUAUUCUCAAAGGAAGGCGCAUCAGCAAACUACGGCCCGAGUUUGUGAUUAUGGAUCCAAAAACAGACAGCAAAGCAGAGGAGGUGUGUGUGAAUCCCAUGAUCUCAUACAACGACAGCUGUAACUGCUCUGACUCCAGUGACAUUGAGUUGAGCGACGAGUGGGUCGGCAAGAAGUCACCAAAGCUAUCCCGAGGAAACAGGUCACCUAAAAUUCAAAGGAUGAACAUGGAAUCGAGAAAAUCUCCCAAACUCUCACGCACCAAUCAGGAAGGCCAACGGUCGCCGCGGUUACCGACAAAGAAGCCUCCAGUGCGAUCUCCCAGUCUGACACGUCGAGAGUUUUCUAUGGAUGGGAUUACAGAGCACAACUACCUUGCUCAAGUCACAUCCAACAUUUGGGGGACAAAGUUCAAAAUUGUUGGACUUGCUUCGUUCCUUCCUGCCAAUCUUGGCGCAGUCAUCUAUAAGACCAGUUUACUUCAUUUGCAACCACGGCAGAUGACAAUCUACCUUCCAGAAGUGCGAAAGAUUUCUCAUGACUUUAUGAGCCUGCCUGUGUUCAACCCCAAUGUGUUCAGUGAGGAUGAGGAUGACUUACCAGUGAUGGGGCCGUCUGGAGUGGCAGGAGACAAUCCUCCCUGUACGGUCAACAUUCCCAUUGCUCCCAUCCACAGCCCGGCUCAGGCCAUGUCCCCGACUCAGAGUAUCGGCCUGGUUCAGUCUCUUCUGGCCAAUCAGAAUAUUCAGCUUGAUGUCCUGACCAACCCUACAGCCACUGCCGCGGCGGCAGCUGCAGCAGCAGCAGCUUCUGUCCCUGUCACUGAUCAUGGCCAGGAUGCAGUUGCAACACCGUACCCAGUGCCAAGUAGAUACUCAAACCCUGGUCAGGUGAUCUUCAACGGGCUUGAGAUGGGUCCUCUUCUUCCUGGUACUCUACCACCCCCGCCUCCACCCCACCAUCUCCCACCGCAGCCCCACCCGCAGCGACAGAUCCAGCAGCAACAUCAGCAGAUGCAGAGGCAGCACCAGCAAAUGCAGCAGCAGCUGAAGAUGCAGAUGUCGCUGCCUCCUCCUCCAUCUGGCUAUCCAACCAUUUCCUUGCAACAGCUUCAUCUUCUGCCUCAAAUUCCUCCUCCUUCCACUGAGCCUGGGCUAGACAGGGGUGAGCAUGGACACACUCUGAAGCCAAGUCUGCCGCGGACUUUACCCCCCUCCUUCAGUGACACGGACGGGUCUGUGGAGAUUCAGAUGAGGAAGGUGAAUCCUCCUCCUCCGUAUCCGGGCACUGUAGUGUCUGCAGCUGCAGCUACAGCCGCCACUGCACCUCAGACUUUUGUCAACAACUGUGACAGCGCAAGUGUCCUGGCGCCCGACCCCUGUCUGAAGAAGGAUGACUUCUUGCUUCACCCUGUCACCUUACAGUACCCCACACCUCUUGGGUACGAAAGGAUCACGACCUUUGACAGCAGUGGCAAUGUGGAGGAGGUUUGUCGGCCACGCAGGCGCCUCAUUCGCAAUCAGAACGCGUACACUGUGCAUGGCAUCGGCGGCUCAGCCACUCUCAAAGUCACCUCCUCUGACAGUAAAAAAAUUCAGCUCCCGUACAGCUCAGCAACAUUGAGUCGUCUCUCUGUCCCUCGAUACUCAAUACCGAGUGGAGACCCUCCUCCUUACCCCGAUCCGGCCAAUCAAGUAACUACCGCGCUUCCUCCUCCCCAGAGGAUCGACAGCGGUCUCAUUCAUGCCACUCUACGUCGUGACCGUAGGGAGGUGGGACUCAAAGUGCCACAGAUGAUGGACAGCUCAAGAACCCUUCCCACCAAGGCUAAAAUGAACAGUGCAUUAGCUCUUACCUACCAGCAGAGGGUGCCCACUGCACUGUACACAUGCACACAGUGCAGCAGUAACAGCAGCAGUGCACAUCACAGUACAAUUAUUGUGCACUCCAAAAGUGCCUCACCCCUGGCCUCCCAGUCAUCUUACAGUCUGCUGGGUGCUGUUGAUAACAGCCGGGACCGGACCGUGUAUGUCAACUCUGCCUUCACUGAAGAUGAAACUUUAAAUCAGCAGUGUCACCUUGAAAAAUCUGUACGUCAGCUGACUCUCGGCGAUGUCAGUUUGACAGUGAAACGCCCUCCGCCUUACCAGUGGGACGCCUCCACUACGGAGGAGUUUUGGCUCACCCCAGAGCAAACAAUGUUAGCUCCCCCGCCAGGACCUCAUAAACCGCCUCCGCUCAUCAUCAGUCAAGCUCAGCACUUGGACAUGUCCCGGCUUCCUUUUGUCCUCACGACUAAACCGCCAACCAGUCCGAGCACAAGCACGCUUACUUUCCCAUCCGGUUACCAGAUAUCCCUCUCACCUUUUCCUCCAGGUGUGGCUCACGGUGGACCGCCACUUCAGACCCUGCAGAACCCUCCACCACAAUGCUCACCGAACGAAGUGGUUGCUCCGGUCCCUUUUGCUCAGCAGGAUGCCAAUUUGGUCUUGCCACCAGGUUACCCUCCGAAUCUUGCCAACUUGGCUUGCUGCCCUCUCCCUCCGAUGUAUCCUGGAGCCAGCUCAUGUGCCGGACUCCAGCUGCACCCCGUCAACCUUCACCCCUGGAACCCUUACCCCUGCCCACCACCCAUGCAAGACCCUCCAGCACCUCCCCUCCCUACCAAAACUCAUCAGAUUUUAGAGAAGCCAAUUCUCUCCCCACCUCCUCCAACUGCACCGCCUCCACCACCGCCUCUCCCCCCUCCUCCCCCACCUACUGAGCUACCUCCAUCCAAAAGUGCCACAGAGGAUCUAGCAGAGUCUGCGAACAACUUCCCAGAGCCAUCAUCCCUCAAUGAAAGCCCUGUGCCACAGGAGUCGGAGCGCUUCAACAAGAAGAGCCGUAAAAGACUGGACAGUAGAGCCGAGGAGGCCAACAUGCCCACCGUCUCUGAGGGCAAAUCCAGAAAGGAAGGGCGAGCGCUCUCUGACUUCAACACGCUCAUUUCCAGCCCGAGGCUUGGCAGCAGAGAGAAGAAGAAGCCCAAGGGGCAGAGAGAGCAACUCAAUAAAACCAAGAAGAUGAGCAGGACCACAAAUGAGUUCCAGGAUAGCUCAGAGAGUGAGCCAGAGCUGUUCAUUAGUGGCGAUGAGCUCAUGAACCAGAACCAGAGUAGUAAGAAGAGCUGGAAGAAUAAGCGCAGCCUGCGCAUGGCGAGCGAGCUGGAGGAGAUUAAAUGCCGCAAGGCAAAUGAAAGAGAGGACCGCAGUUUAGGCAGCCAAGGAUUUGUCUAUGUUAUGGCCAAUAAACAACCAUUGUGGAAUGAGGCCACGCAGGUCUACCAGCUGGACUUUGGAGGACGAGUCACCCAGGAAUCAGCAAAGAAUUUUCAGAUAGAGCUGGAUGGUAGACAGGUGAUGCAGUUCGGGCGUAUAGAUGGGAAUGCCUAUAUCUUGGAUUUCCAGUAUCCUUUCUCAGCAGUGCAGGCAUUUGCUGUCGCCUUGGCCAAUGUGACUCAAAGGCUGAAGUGAAAAGGUUGUUUUGUGUUGUUGUUUCAGACUGAUUCAAAAGAAGCCACAGUGGUGUUGCUGCACACCCGUCAGCGCGGGGCUACAGCUGGGAAAAAAGUCAAUGUUGUGGCGGUUCUUGUUUUUUGAAGAGGAGAUUAACAUACAGUAGAAGUUGGUCUUGCACAUGCAGAUAACUUACAGCAGUCUGUUGAAGGCAAAGUCAGUCUAGGUCAGCGUUGAUGAAAACUAUACCAGUUAAUCCAGAAUCUGUUCAAGAUAAUUUUAUGUAUUAUUCAAAUGUUAUUCACUGGAAUCAUUAAAAAAAAAACCUACAUUGGAUAAACAAAAGGUAAUCUAGGUACAUGUCGGAAUGCAGUCUGGAGGUUUAGUGCCACCUGUGGUUCCGAAGGCAUUUUCUCACUCUUUAAAUGCUGACUAACAAAGCUAUUUCAAUGUAUUACAAAUCAAUAACUACUUAAUUUACAUUUGUGGUGUUUAUUAAA